CCAAUAAGAGAAGCAUUCUGAUAGGUACUAUGUCCGGAAACGUCCCAUGUGGAACAAACACAUAGAUCAGGAGGAUACCGGGAGUUAUUCGUUCCGCUGCUAUAGAAUUUGAAUAUUCUCAAUGGCUCUGCUUCUGGUUCUUCCGCAAUGAUUCCGAUAUCGCUGGUUGUGGUGGUUCUCGGGGGAUGGUGCGCAAUUUACUUGGCUGACACCUUUCUGACGUCAUCUCAGUCACUGAAGAACUCCUAUGAAGAAUGGCUGGCGUCUCACGGGCUCAGUAUUUUGCCAUUUCAUAUACGCUGGCAAACCACACUUUUUAAUCGCCUCUUCUAUAAGUGGGGCCGUUGGAAGCCUAAUUUCCUCUAUAUAUGGUUUACAUUAGGUAUGGUGUUUGGAAUCAUCGCAAUGUUUGGUUCCAUGUUUCUUCUGGGUAAAACACUCGUGCAGACUCUGAAUCAGAUGAUGGCUGAGAGCCCAGCCACCCAGAAUGAUCGCAUGCUGCAAGUUGUGGUGCCUGGUGUAAAUCUGCCCAUCAGCCAGCUGUCAUAUUUCUUCUCUGCGAUCUUCAUCAGUGGAGUUCUACAUGAAAUGGGACAUGGAGUAGCAGCCGUAAGAGAAACCGUGCGUUUUAAUGGCUUUGGCAUGUUUAUCUUCAUCGUGUACCCUGGAGCAUUUGUUGAUCUUUUCACGACUCACCUACAACUGGUUUCCCCUGUGCAACAGUUGCGGAUAUUUUGUGCAGGAGUCUGGCACAACUUCGUUCUUGGCAUUUUAGGAAUCUUAAUUCUGUUACCUCUCCCUGCUCUUCUGUUUCCAUUCUACUACACAGGAGUUGGUGCUCUUGUCACGGAAGUUGUAGAGGACUCUCCUGCAAGUGGACCAAGAGGACUCUUUGUUGAAGACCUGAUCACCCAAGUGCAAGACUGCCAGGUGACUGGUGUGGAUGACUGGCAUGCAUGUCUUACAGAGAUCUCACAGAUGCCACAGAUCGGUUAUUGUAUAAACACAGUCACCCUUCAGCAACUUCACUUUCCCAGCAGAGUGUACAAGCGACUGGAUGGUUCCAUUGAAUGCUGCAGUAACAAUAGCCUUUCUGACAUAUGUUUCUCAUAUAACAGUAACAGCAAUCAACAGCAGUUUGCUUGCCUACCAGCAAGAAAGUCUAUACACAGCAGCCAAGAAUGUCGAUCAAAUAUAGAUUGUCAGAAGACCGAUGCUGCCAGUGUCUGUGCUGUACCUUCCAUUGAGAACCAAACUCGCUUGAUCCGAGUGAAACAUUCCCCUCAAUUAGAUAUGUUAUUCAUUGGAUACCCUGUGCACUUACAGUAUGCAGUGAGCCUGAGCAGCUUCAUUCCACGGCACAACAUUUUUGGCAUAAGUCUUCCUGUGGUUAUUGAGACUUUUUGCAAAUAUCUCAUCUCUCUGUCCGGUGCUCUGGCUGUGAUCAACGCUGUCCCUUGUUUUGCACUUGAUGGACAAUGGAUUUUAAACGCUUUCAUUGAAGCCACCCUGAGUUCCGUAAUAGCCGAAAAACAAAACCGAGAGCUUUUGGCCUUUUUUAUCCUCUUAGCAGGCAGUGCACUUCUAACUGCCAAUGUAGUACUGGGACUCUGGAUGGUUACAGCACGGUAGCUUUUUUUUGUUGUUGUUGUUGUUCCGCAGUCCUGAAACAGCAGAAAAUGUAAUUCAGUUAUUUGUUUUGUACUUUGUUUAUUGAAAAUUCUGAUGCACCAAUUACAGUGUAAUUCAACAGUGGCUGAAGUAAAGAAGCAGUAAUUUAUAACAAUGAGACUUCCCUAACUGGAAUUCUGUUGCACUCUGUCCUUCUGUUGGAAACGCUAAAUGGGGGUUUAUAAUGUCAUAAAGGUAUAUUGAAAGAACAGAAAGCAAAUUAUAUCAUGCGCUUCCACUGUCUUGCAAGGAACCAUUCUCUAACUGCAAAAGUAUUUUUCUUUUAUACUAUUAUAUAUAUGGAUCUUCCUAAAUUCUAACGUAAACUGUCAAAAACAUGAUCUUCCCCAAUAAAGGCACAAGUCCUGCUGUGGAAGCAGUA